AGCUUUUCCUGCUUCAUGUGGAUUGGAGCCGGGAGGGAGAAAACUCUGUUACUCACUCCGUCUCCAACUUUGAGAGGAAGUUACCACCUCUUCCCCAGACGCUGCACACACACACACACACACACACACACACACUCACACACACACACACACACACACUCUGUCUUCGGGACUUGACCACAGCAGCAACCGAGAAUCAACAGAAACAGUCAGGACUGCUCGUGAUGCCGUGUGUUUUUAAAUGUGGAGGGAAAAGAAGGCUGAGAUCUGCAGUUGCCUGAGGUUUUUUUCCCCUGUUUGGACUGAACUGUUGUAGAAGGACGUGUUUUGUUUUGUUUUUUCCUCGGCACUGACCGCCUCCGUGCAUUUUACAGUUGAACCGCUGCCUCUGGUCUCUUGCCCGACCGUGUAUCCUGCAGCAGGCCUGUCGCUGUUUGCAUUGCAGACACCUCAGGUUGCCAAAUGAACUGUUUAGCUUGAGGACCAAAGAUCACGGGCCCUGAUCCAACAGUGAGGACAGAGAGAGGAGCUUGAUCAUUUCAAACUUCUCGUUACAACAUGAGCUGGGACUGAGCCUGUGCGUCAACGUUUCAUUUUUUCGGUGUGAAGGAAACAAAGUCAAGAUCACCAUGGAUGUGAAGAAAAAAGAAAUGGACCUGCUGAGCAACAGCAUAGCAGCUUACGCACACAUUAAAGCAAACCCAGAGAGCUUCGGCCUUUACUUUGUGCUCGGAGUGUGUUUCGGGCUGGUGCUGACGCUCUGCCUCCUGGUCAUCCGCAUCUCCUGCAAGCCACGCACCAAAGUCGCCUCCUCCUCCUCCUCCACGCCGGAGAAAAAACAAUUAAAAGGCAUCAGCGGGGAGGAUGAGGAGGAGGAGAGUGAGGAUGAAGAAGACGAGGAAGGGGACGAUGUCGAGGCACAGGUCCCUUUGCCCAGCACAGAAAUCCCUGUGGGUAAUCAUAACAGCCAGUCGGACGGGACGCUGAGCGUGAACGUAUUUACUUCAGCCGAAGAGCUGGAGCGGGCUCAGCGGCUGGAGGAGAGGGAACGUAUCAUACGGGAGAUCUGGAGGAACGGCCAACCUGAUAUCUUGGGGUCGGGGACAGGGACGAUUGGACGAGUGCAUUACUACUAAAGGGCUGACAAGGGAGACGCAAGCUGCAAACUCUGUGGAGGAGUGGCUCAGACCUUUGAGUGGGCCCAGUGUCCCUGAAGCCUGCACGACCGGAGAACUUGUGUCAAGAUACAAAAGGACACACAUCUGGAAACAGGAUAUACAGCAAUGUGCCACAUUUUGAUACACUUGGCUCGGACAGAGCUGAACUUUGAGAUAUUGCACUUCUUAUUAAGCAAAGUUAUUUUUAACAGACAACAUGAACUUAAACCAAGAGAUGUCUUUAAUAACUGAUUAGACCACAUGGAAAAGAGGCCGAAUGAAUGUGGGACGCUUGAAGUAUUAAACUGUUUGGCGCUUAAGCACAGAGAUGCACACAACUAGGUUUAUGUAGGCUAAGUGAAAAAUAACGACAAUAAAUGUACUGUAUGUUGCAAUGAAGAUUAUUUGUUCGCAGUGUAAAGGAAAAUAAAAUGUCAUCGUUUGAACAAGCACAUAUCGAUCAAUUGUGGGGGUCAGAUUAUGAGUUAAAAACAAUUAAAAUUGGAGUCUUUAAUUUAUAAAUGCAUUUCAACUACGUCUAUGUUUUCAGGGGUACUUCCAACAGAGGAAAUGACAGAUUUAAAGUAUUAAGCCGGAACAAUUUACUGUUGUUUCUCUUCAUAAUGUCAGACAAAUAUACACCAGAGCUCUUCCUCUCCGUACCUUUGGGCCAUGGAUUUAUAAUCAAGUUUUUUUUUUUAAAAGGCCAAAAGUCUAUUUUUUGUCAGUGUGGUUAAUGGAAAAAUUUCGUUUUUUUUUGUCAUUUGUUGUUUCUGCUCAAUGUCUCUGUCUCUAAAGAUUAAAGAAGAAAGAAGUUUUAUAAUAAAAUUUCUAGAAACUCAACAACAAUCUUCCUGUCAUAAUAAUGUGUGUAAGUCUGAUGGAAUCAGAAUUGUACGAUGGCGUAUCAGGUGCAGAAUGAAGAAGAAAAUAGCAGAUUUCGAGAUUAAAGUCAUAGUAAUAUAAGAAUGAAGUUGUUAUUGAAUUAGGACAAAAAACUCAUAAUCUAAUUUGAAAAGGGUCAUAAUAAUUUGAGAAAAAAUGUUUGAAAUAACAAGCAAGGAGAGCUCGAGCUCUCCGGAGUUCAACUCAUUCUGGAGCCAAAAUCUUGAUUAGCAAUCUCAUUGUCUCUUGAGAAACCGCAAAAUCCCUUUGGAUACAACAGAUGUAAACAAUGAUGUACUCCACCACUACCAAAUAAUUCCUCCACCGCAGGAGAGGCAUUUCCUCCAAGCCUGUGUCAUUCUUUCUUUGGAAUGGACUCAUUUCUUGCUAAAUCUUUUCAAAGUCCUGAUACUUGUGAUAAUGUGGCGCUGUGUAUUUGUUGAACCAAUAACUUAACAAGAUCCUCCAUGUUCCUCAUUUGAAGGCAGGUUUGAUCUUCUGAUAUCCCCUUCUAAAAUGAAGAAUAGCCAAACAUUUAGUUAUCUAUAUAGCCGAUUUUCGCAAGUCACAAUUUGUUGACUUCAUAUUCAUAAUAUUAUGACAUUUUGCUGUCAAUAUUACCAUUUUAUUCUGGCAAUGUUGUGACUUUUUUCUUGUUAUAUUAUGACUUUUAUUCUUGUAAUGUUGUGACUUUCUUCUUCAAAUAUUAUGACUUUUAAGAUUACCACUUUAUUCACAUAACAUUAUGGCUUUUUUUUUCUCGUAAGAUUACCACUUUUUUCUAGUAGAAUGACCUUUUUUAUUGUAAGAUCACCACGUUUAUCUCGUAAUAUUAAGGAAUCUUUCAAAUUAAUUUAUGCUUGUUCUUCUUGUAAAGUUAUGGCUAUUUGCUAGUAAUUUAAGGCUUAUGAUGUCUUAAAAUGUCAUCUCUGUACCGGAUGUGACGCACUUGAGUCGCCCCCUUUGAUGAAAACGCGGCAAGUUGAGUCAGUCCUCAACUCCUUUCUCUCUCUCCUGCUGCUCCCAUCAUUUCUCUCGUAGUUUUAUCGUGACAAACUUCAACAAUGUUGGUUUUAUGAAUUAAAAAAAUCAUCUUCCCGUUGCUUCCCUCGUCGGUGUCGCGGCUCCAUUAUUGGCCGUUGAUCUUCAGGCGUCCUCAAACGCCUCCUCAAACCGGAAGUCAGAGUUUGAACGGGCACCUGAGCAGCGGGGACCAGGACAACAUGUCUCAGCUAAGUGCUAAUUGUUCACCUGUGUAACAUGGAGGAUACUUCAACUCUACGUUGUGUGCUCCACAGUGACGUUAGCCACACUAGCAGUUGGUUGUUUCACCAUUUUGGUUCAAACUCAUAGUCUGAUAUGUUUUUAUUUCCAUAUCUGACUCACAUGAACAACAAACUAUACAUGUAAGUGGAUAAUGGUUGGAUGGGUGGUUUUAUUAAGGCUACAUCUCUUUGUUCAGAUAUGUUUCUACCCUCCCCAUGAAACAAAUACAUUAAUAUAAUAAUAAUAGUACAAAAAGCCUAAUAAAUACAAUGAGACUAAGUUUGGUCCUUUCCCAUUCUGGUCUCUGGAGUUUAGCAUUGUCGUAGAGAGUGAAAUAUCCUACGCGCAUUGAUGGUUAUUCAGAUGAUCCCAAACACUUCUGUGAUCCUAUGAUUCUCCUUUUAGCCCCAAGUUGCACGCGGACAUCUUAUUGUAUCUGAGUGAAAUGUCUCGAAAUUUUUUUAGACGGUAAACAUUCAUGGUCCCCGCAGGAUGACUUGUAGUAACAUUGGGGUCCUCUGACCCUUUAUCUAAUGCCACCAUCCAGUUAAAACAUUCUGGUGUCACACUAAAUACUGGCCAAACUAGUGUCAGUCCCAUCAGCCUCAGCAGUUGUGUUAAGUGCUAAAUAACAAAUGUUUGGAAAUACACUAAACCAAGAUGGUGACCGUUGUAAACACUGCAAAGCAUCAGGAUCAACAUUGGCAUUGUGAGCAUAAAGUUGCUAGUGCGGCUGUAAACUAUUGUUAGAUUGUGUGUUUAAAGCUCUUGACCCUGCUGAGCUUUGGCAUGCUGGAGUUUGCUGCUUGUACCUUUCUGCUCUAACCCCCGCUGGCUGAAUUUGCUGACUGGCUUUCUUUUCUUUUGGUGAUGUUCAGCUUGUGCAAUGAUUCUUUUAAGUAACACUUGAUAUGCAUGUUUGAAUAUUAUAUGUACUGGGCUCCAUGGGUUUUGCAACGUCUUUUUUAUGUGCUUGAUUCACGAAGCCUCCUGAUGUUGCACAGUGGCUUCAGGAAUGUAAAUGUGGCCAUGACCACAGCUCAUUAUUAUGAUUACUUCCUUCUAAUAUUGGCUUCAUACUAGUUAUUCUCACAUUUUCUAAAGCCACUUUAUUUAUCUUGGAGAAAUUCUGUUCGAUUCCUACUCGUGUUACUAUUUGUCUUUUACAUCUGUCUUUCUUCCUUCAGUGGCUGCUUUGCUUUUCUCUAUCCAAAUGCUGAUGCUAAUCUCUGGUUAGUCACUGAUUCGUCAUAACAUUAUUAUUAUUAUUGCUCGAUUAUUUCUUGGUUGGAAAUGCCUUGUUUAGUGGUGGCCAGACUAGUACCGGUCCCACAGAUAGAAGCUGCUCACCAAACAGUGCUUCCCCUUCGUUUGUCUGCUGUGUCUUAGAAUAGCCCACACAUUGUAGAUUCAACAUAAUAGAUGGUGUCGGGCGCUGCUUUUUAUGUGGUUUUUGGGGGGAGGAAACUGCUGUUCUGACAUCGGUGCAUGCUCGCAGGGAGGGAAGAGGUCAUGGCUUGUAUGGCAAACAUCAACUCUGUAUUACAUUUGUUCCACUGCAAUGACUGGAAUAUUGUUUCCCCUGCCAAUAAAGACUUACAGAACAUUAA